AUGUUUGACCACUUUGCUCAAGGGCCGACACCCUCGAAUGAACCCCCACCUCCACGUAAGGUGCUGAGAUUUGAUAAGAGCUACUUAAAAACUAUGCCAGGAAUACUGAAACUUGUAGAAAUUAUUUGUAAUAUAGUUGGAUUUAUUUGCAUAAAAAUAUCUUGGGCAUGGCUCUCGGCAAUCUUCUACAAUAUAUUAUACUGGGUGGGGAACAUUAUAACAGCAUUUCUUCUGCUCAUGUACACCUUCCACUUUGUUGAAAAAUAUGAUAGAUGGCCAUGGCACAAGUAUGAGUUCUUUUACUGUGGAGUCAUGUCGCUAGCAUACAUUGUAACUUCUAUAUUUGCUACCACAAUUGGCGAAAGCACGGGUUAUGCUGUUGGGUUUUUUGGACUUUGUGCAAUUAUAGCAUAUGGAUUAGACUGCUAUUUAAAGUAUAAGGAGUGGAAGAGAGGAUUACCACCACAA